AAGGUUUAUAAGCUUUUAGUAAUCAAGUAUCUUCAUAUUACAGUGAAAUGGGUAAAGCAUUGGGCAAGCUGUGUUCAGCUUCACGCGUCCCGGCGGUGGGUUCAGUCCUUGACCGAGUUAUCUCUCAACCUAGUAGCGAAGACCACACAGUUCUUUAUAAACUCGCAGAUUAUAAAAAAGGUGGUUUACUACUAGAGACUUACGCAAAAGGUGGAAUGGCUGCGGCAGAGCGGCUGAUACGUGAAGAGUUUUCAGCAUACAUGUACGCGGGAGGUAGGGGCAGGGUCAUAAAUAGAGCAGAAUAUUUGAGGUGGAAGUUCAGGGAUCAAGAGCAGGUGGUACUACCAAUCGAGGCAUCACUGUCCCCUCACGAUCCUCUGGCCAAAUGGGAGGACCACACCGCGUGCUGGCAAAUGAGCUACCGUGGUGCGCUCGGCGAGUCGCUACUACAUGUGCUCAUCAUUUGCGAUACUAAGAUACACACACGGUUAGCCAGAACAUUGGUAAAAUGUUUUCCGAAACUUUCAUUGGAUGUCGUCGAAGGAGAAGAAUACUUGGGUGCGAGUUCACUGCACCUCGCCAUCGCAUACAGCAAUAAUGAGCUGGUCCAAGAUCUAGUCGAGGCUGGGGCAGAUGUCAGUCAAAAAGCUAUCGGUAGUUUCUUCCUACCCCGCGACCAACAAAAAGUACCGCCAACACGUCAGACCAACUACGAAGGUCUUGCCUACCUGGGGGAGUACCCCCUUGCCUGGGCAGCGUGUUGCGCCAACGAGGCAGUGUACAAUCUGCUUCUGGACUCAGGGGCCGAUCCAGACGCUCAAGAUUCGUUCGGGAACAUGAUACUGCAUAUGGUUGUAGUUUGUGAUAAACUGGAUAUGUUCGGUUACGCUCUUCGACAUCCCAAACUCCCGGCAAGCAAUGGCCGACUCAAUAAGGCUGGCUUUACACCACUAACGCUAGCCUGUCAACUGGGCAGAGCAUCCGUGUUCAGGGAGAUGUUGGAGCUGUCGUCCAGGGAGUUCUGGAGGUACUCCAACAUCACCUGCUCUGCUUAUCCUCUAAACGCGUUGGAUACUUUGUUGCCAGAUGGGCGAACAAAUUGGAAUUCGGCGUUGUUCAUCAUUCUGAAUGGCACGAAACAAGAGCACUUGAACAUGUUGGACGGAGGUAUUAUUCAGAGACUGCUGGAGGAAAAAUGGAAAACUUUUGCUAGGACAAAAUUUCUCAAAAGGCUCCUCAUAUUAAUGCUCCAUCUCCUGCUACUGUCCGUCUCGGUGUACCUGCGCCACAGCAGCCUGGAGGCCGACGUCCACCCCGACUGGGGGCUGGAGGUGAACGACGCGAGAUCCGGCAUUCGCCUGUCCACCGAACUGGGCACGAUCAUCAGCACCCUGUGCUACAUUAUACUGCAGCAGGGCGAUGAGAUUAAGAAUCAGGGCCUUAUCGCGUAUUUUAAACAACUGAUCCACGAACCAGCAAAGUUCAUAUUUUUAGCAUCGAACAUUCUUCUCUUAGCAUGUAUACCAGCUCGACUUAGCAGAAAAACCACACUUGAAGAAGGAAUACUCAUCUUCGUGUUGCCAGGGUCGUGGUUUCUACUUAUGUUUUUUGCUGGGGCAGUGAAGUUGACCGGUCCAUUCGUGACGAUGAUCUACAGCAUGAUCACGGGGGACAUGUUCACGUUUGGCAUCAUCUACUGCAUCGUGCUCUUUGGCUUCUCGCAGUCUUUCUACUUUUUAUAUAAAGGUUUUCCCAAUGUACAGUCAACUUUAUUUUCAAGUUACCCAAGCACAUGGAUGGCACUGUUUCAGAUUACAUUGGGCGAUUACAGUUACACGGACCUGAGUCAAACCACGUACCCGAACCUGUCGAAGACUGUGUUUGCCUUGUUCAUGGUGUUUGUGCCGAUCCUGCUGCUCAACAUGUUGAUAGCUAUGAUGGGCAAUACGUAUGCACACGUCAUUGAGCAGUCCGAGAAGGAGUGGGUCAAACAGUGGGCUAAAAUAGUAGUGUCAUUGGAACGAUCGGUCUCUCAAGAAGAUGCUCAUCGAUACCUCCAGGAGUAUUCAAUAGGACUGGGCCCGUCUGACGACCCUCGGUACGAGCAGCGAGGGGUCAUGGUCAUCAAGAGCAAAGCCAAGACCAGGGCGAAACAGAGGAAAGGCGCUUUGACUAAUUGGAAGCGAGUCGGAAAAGUAACAAUAGCAGAACUACGUAGAAGAAACAUGAGUGGCGAAGAGUUGAGGCGUCUCAUGUGGGGACGAGUGUCUAUAUCUACCCCUACCAAGGCACCCUUACAAUGCAUGCCUCCACCAGAGCUGGUGGGUUCAUCAGAGGCUCCGAGCACGGGCGUGGGGCCGGCUCUUUCAUCGGCUCUUAACGUCAUGGCUUUUGCCCAUGACCUUGACCUAACUAACACUGCUUCGGAAUUACAAAAACAGCCAACACCAGAUCUUCUCGUGAAUGGUGUAACACAAGCUACAGGUGUCUCCAAUCAACCUCAGCCGAAGACAAAACAAAUCACUUCUCCAAACCAGUUGAAUGUCACCUUAAACCAACCACCAUCGAAAUCCAGCUUGGAAAUAAACAUGCCCACGACUGGUCCGACGAAAGUGCCCACAACUGCAGGUCAAACGAAAGCGCCCAUAACUCCUGGCCAAAUGAAAGUGCCCACUAUAGGUCAAGUUGGUCAAACUGCUCAAGGUCCCAUGCCAAUAGAGGUUUUAGGAAUGAGUUUGUCACCUCAAGAUUUACAGAAGGCGCAGAAUAUGAAUAUAAUGCCACAACCAAGCGAAGUGGUGUUCAGAGAUUACCUUUGGGAACUGGUGUCUAUAGAGGUAAAGGCAGGUCCUGAUAACCCAGAAGUGAGGACCUUAGCGGAAAAGGCGGCUGAUCUCACAGAAGUGCCGGAAAUUGACAUCAAUGCUACGGCCGCUGCAAAAUCAGCACGUUUGGUUGUCGCGGGCGCGGUGUCUGGUCUGUUCGGAGUUGCUGCAGACUUGCCGCCGCCUGACGCAGCUUGGAGACGAGAUAGACAAGAGCACACCGACAGUGAUCCUGUAUUAGACUCAGUGAUACUGGGUCGGGCGGCUCGCGCUCGACGCGCACGCUCGGCCUCUCGUCGAGCUCCACCACCUCCGCCGCAUCUUUACGUGCCCGCCAGGUCUAUGUACUUUGUGGCAUCAGAAAGCAGUGCCGUUGAAAGCGAUGUGCCUAUAGAAGACCAAAUCAGUUCGGGUAACAAUUCCGCAUUAGGCGACAUUCGCGACGAGCGCAUGAGAGCUGCUCGUCCAUUGUGCAUACAACACGCUACUGGACAAGUUCCAGUGGAGCAUUCUUUGUUUAUAGUGGGCGCGGGCAGCGGUGCGGAAGUAGAGAGUGCUGCGCCAACGCAAUCAAAAGUGGGUAGCAAGAAACCGAGGCCGAAAACAGCCAGACCACGACGCAGUAAUAGGAUAUCUCCGGUUCCAGAGACAGGAAGUCCCCUAGAACCCUGGGCGACGGCUUCCCUGUCCCGGUUAUCCCGCCUGAUCCAAUCCUCCAGCAGUUCCUCCGUCUCAAUCAGCUCCCGCACCUCUCCAGAAAGUUCUCCUCAACGGUAUUGAAGCUCUCUCUAUCCCAGUCUAGAUCUAGUUUCUCUCAGUAAAAUACUAAACACCAAUUAGUUAAGGGCACCUUAAGUAUUAAGCGAUGAUUUUUGGACCAAAUACCUACUAAACAUUGAAUGUUUGGACUGAGUUUGAUGGACCAAAUACCAAAACCAACUUUUUGAUGUUUGAACUUGGUACAUGGGCCAAAGGUAAAAACACAACAAUUAAAAUUUAAGGUGCACUUAAUUUUAAUAAGCUUUUCCGAAUGCAGCAAGUGGACGAAUAUGAGAAAAUUAUAUUUCCUAUGUUAAAUAAUAUGUUAGAAAAUUUAAAAUGUUGACUACUUGUAAGAUUACACAAUUUCAGUAACAAUUUUAAGCAAUAAAUAAAACAACUUAUUA